AUGUCAGAUCCAUCGAUUUACACAUAUCCUUCUCCUUUGGAAGGAUAUGUGGGCCUUCCGCCUCUCUCAGAUGAGAAGAACGCCGAUGGCAAGUCAUACGUGAACCCGCCAGCAGACAAGCCAAGUCAGUCGUACGACACUUUCGUCCACCCCAUUACAAACGAUGAGCGUGGCGGUUUCGAUGUCCACGUCUACUUCCAGCAAAACGUUGAGUCCGAGGUCAAGUUUGCAACUGAGCUGUGGGAGCGUAUUCGAAGAGAGUUCCCUGAGCUGCGCGUAUACAAAAUAUGGGAUAAGCCCAUUGGCCCACAUCCUAUUGCCAUGUUCGAAGUCAACUUGUUUACACCUGCUCAAUUUGGCGCCUUCAUUCCGUGGCUGGUCAUCAACCGCGGACCCCUGUCGGCAUUGUUACAUCCAAACACUGGCGAUGAUAUUCGAGAUCACUCGCAACGUGCUACCUGGCUUGGACAGCCAUUCCCGCUUCAGAUUGGUCUGCUCAGACGAUUGCUGGAGAAGAGGGCUGAAGCAGCCCAGAACAACCAGUAG